AUGUAUAUAAGAUUUUUAAAAUUUGAAAAUAUUUUUGUCAUACACGACUCUGAUAGAUUUAAGUUAUGUGUUAAAAAGUAUGGAAUCGAUAGCGGUAAUCUAAGAAGCAUUCCACUAUUUAAUCCGGAAAUAGUGAAAAUCGAGAACGAUGACGAAGAUUUCGAGCAAUGCAUAACUGCGAUCAAACGCAGAAUGAGGACCAUGGGUUCGCCAAGUGAUACUAAUAAUAAUAAUGAAGCUUUAUGUUGUUCAUAUCGAAGCCAUCUUAAUUGCGAGUGUAUGCAUGGUCAUAAGAAUCACCGCAUUUUAAAAGAUGACACAAAACUUCGCCAAGAGUUGAAAGAAGUUAUGGAAGUAAUCGUGGAUCUGUUGAAUGACCGGGUCAGUGUAGGUGAUUCCCCAGCUAGUAAAAAAGGCUAG